AUGGAGAACAAGCUGAUUUGGUACUACCAGUGUCUGGAGAUGGCCAAUGACGUGGGAAGGGUCGACCAAUCACAACAGCUGGAGGUCCACUCAUCCACCAAUCACAUGAUUAAGAAUGUGGACUUCCACUGCGAGUCCAACAACACUGCCCAUCGCACCAUUGAAAUAACAUCCAAGCAGCUGAUUGUGAGGCGGGGUCAGACCUUCCUCCUGACUCUGGAAAUGAUGCAAGCUUUCAAACACCAUGAAAAACUCAUCCUCGCGGUGGAGACAGGUUCUGCUCCAUCAGAAAAACUUGGGACCCGGUCUGAGUUUGGUAACCCUUCUCCUAUGUACGCCAGUGAAGUCAAGGCAAUAUGGAAGUACAGCAUUGACAAGAGCGCCAACCUUCAGUGGGGCAUCGUGACCCUGUCUGUUACCCCGCCGGCAGAUGCUCCGGUGGGCCGGUACUCGCUGUCUGCGACGACGGCAAGUGAAAAGAAAGCUCUGGGGACUCUGGUGGUGCUCUUCAACCCGUGGUGCUCAGAUGAUUGGGUGUUUCUCCCUGAUGAGAAGGAGAGACAAGAGUAUGUACUGAACGAACAGGGAACUAUCUAUUUCGGAACGGCCGGUUACCUCCGCCCUAUGGCCUGGGACUUUGGACAGUUUGAGGAGGAAAUGGUGGAUAUUUGUCUCAAGAUGUUGAACAUCAACCCAAAACACAGCAAAGACCCGGCUGACGACGUGUCCGCUCGCUGUAACCCGAUCUACGUUGGCCGUGUGGUCAGCGCCAUGAUCAACUGUAACGGUGAUCGAGGUGUGUUACUGGGACGCUGGCAUGGAGACUAUGUUGAUGGAGUCCAUCCCACCCACUGGACUGGCAGCGUUAGCAUCCUCCAGCGCUGGUAUCAAAACAACUGCCACCCAGUCAAAUACGGACAGUGCUGGGUGUUUGCUGGUGUAAUGUGUACAGUGAUGCGGUUCCUGGGUAUUCCAUGUCGCGUUGUCACAAACUUCCAGUCAGCACACGACAAAAACAGCAGCCUCACAAUUGAUGAGUAUUACGACGACUUUGGUAUAAAAACCUCAGAGACCAAAGACAGUGUCUGGAACUUCCAUGUGUGGGUGGAGGGAUGGAUGAAACGACCAGACCUAAAAAAAGGAGACAAGUAUGACGGCUGGCAAGUCUUGGAUCCCACACCACAGGAGGAGAGCGAAGGAGCGUUCUGCUGUGGUCCAGCACCGGUCACCGCCAUCUUUCAGGGCGACACUGACCUGAAAUAUGACGUGCCGUUUGUCUUUGCUGAAGUCAACGCUGACAUGGUCAAGUGGCUGCUCAGCACUGGAGGUUUAAAGCGGAAAAUGCACUCAGACACCUCCACAGUGGGUCAGAAAAUCUCCACCAAAGCUAUUGGCUCCAACAUGAGAAACGACAUCACAAACCUCUACAAGCACAGAGAAGGGCUUCAUGGGGCUUCAACAACAACCAUUCAGAAUUCACCUCUGGUUUCCUUUUCUUUUUCUAAGAAAUCAUUCAACCUUUUUUUCCAACAGGAGACCAAGAUGGUGAACGGUCAGGACAUAAAGCUGAAUCUGAAGCUGAGCAACAAAGAGCACAGGAACAAGACGAUGUCUAUCCGUGUCAACGCCCAGACCAUGAGGUACAACGGGAAGCCGGCCAACAACAUCCAGAGCACGUUCCAAGUGAAGACGCUACUGUCAGGGCAAGCGGUGAUCGUCCCCGUUCACAUCCCCUUCUCAGUCUACAGUAAACACAUGGUGAGCUGUGACAGCCUGAAGGUUUCCGCCGUGGCCUUCGACCAAAAGCAGGACGACGACAUCUAUGAGACAGAGACUGACAUCAUGCUGGAGGACCCGCCCAUCUCUAUAAAGGUCAUAGGCGAGGCUCGGUUGUUCCAAACACUGACAAUGGAGGUUGAAUUCACAAACCCCCUGAACGUGACGCUGAGAAACUGCUCUCUGACCGUCAUCGGGUGUGGCCUCUUCAGAUCCGACUACGUGGAGGGAAAAAUCAGGGAGCUGGAGCCAAACGCCACCAUGACACUGAAGAUCACCACGGUCCCCUACAGGUCCGGGCUCAGGACCGUGUUGGCUGACUUCGACUGCAGCGCCUUCAGAGACGUGAAGGGGAGCAGCACCGUCCACGUCAAAUGAUGACUCUGCUGAAACCUUUCACGUCUGUUUAACCACCAAUCACAACGUCAACAAUCAACAGGGCGCUCUCUUUACAUCGUGCUUAACUUUGGUGAAGGGUUUCUGUCCGCUGUAAGCGAAACAAAUCAGCCAAUCAGUUGCAUAAAUGUGGUUUUAUUUGUUGUUGCACCCUCUCAGAUAUUCUUGCAUUUCCUCGUUUGUUAUAUUGUGUUCUGUGGGAGCGGAGAAGGUAAUGGCGUCUUAUCCAGCAGUGUCCUAAGACGCUGACUAGACUCUUCUCCUCUGUCGCCCCCCGGUGGUGGAAUGAAGUACCAAACUCCAUUUGAUCUCCUCUGCACCUUUAAGAAAAAGCUAAAGACUCAGCUCUUUAUGAACACCUACGACCUUCAUGAUGAUGAUGAUGAUGAUGAUGACAGCUGGUCACUUCCUGUCAGCACAAACUAGUUGAUUCGACGAUGUUUGUUUUGAUGGAUUGUGUCGGCUCUUUUAACGUUGAGUUUGUUUUGUUACGUGUGAACGCUGAAUCUCCCUG